CUAGUUGGCCCCAUGGUGAUUGACUUUAAUAUUGCUGUGGACCUGGAGCUUUUGGCAAAGAAGAACCCAGAGAUAAAGAUGGGCGGUCGUUAUUCCCCCAAGGACUGUAUUUCUCCUCACAAGGUGGCCAUCAUUAUCCCAUUUCGCAACCGGCAGGAGCACCUCAAAUAUUGGCUGUAUUAUUUGCAUCCGGUCCUACAGCGCCAGCAACUGGACUAUGGUAUCUACGUCAUCAACCAGGCUGGAGACACCAUGUUCAAUCGAGCUAAGCUCCUCAACAUAGGCUUCCAGGAGGCCUUGAAGGACCAUGACUACAACUGCUUUGUGUUCAGUGAUGUGGACCUCAUUCCAAUGGACGACCAUAAUGCCUACAGGUGUUUUUCACAGCCCCGGCACAUUUCUGUUGCAAUGGACAAGUUUGGGUUUAGCCUGCCUUAUGUUCAGUACUUUGGAGGCGUCUCUGCCCUCAGUAAACAACAGUUUCUUGCCAUCAAUGGAUUUCCUAAUAAUUAUUGGGGCUGGGGAGGAGAAGAUGAUGACAUUUUUAACAGAAUAGUUCAUAAGGGAAUGUCUAUAUCACGCCCAAAUGCUGUAGUUGGAAGAUGUCGCAUGAUACGACACUCAAGAGACAAGAAAAAUGAGCCCAAUCCUCAGAGGUUUGACCGGAUUGCUCACACAAAGGAAACUAUGCGCUUUGAUGGUUUGAACUCACUUACCUACCAGGUGUUGAACGUAGAGAGAUACCCAUUAUAUACCAAAAUCACAGUGGACAUCGGGACACCAAGAUAGCAUUGUGGAACAAAUAAGAGACCUGAAAAUGGCCAGGGGCCUCAGA